ACACUGUAAUAAUUGCUAUUGUUGAACAUUUGAACUAAAUCAUAUAGGUAGGUAUAGACAAUAUUUUACAAAAUUAUACCUAUUUGUUAUCAUUAAUGAAUUAAAAAUGUAUCAAUGCCCAUACUGGCCAUAGCUCAUUAAAUAUUAUAUUUGAACCACAAUGUAAUUCAACCAUUCAACCAGAUUACACUCAAACGUGCGUUUUGAAAAACCCAAUUUUAAGACAACGAAUCAUCGCAACACAUCAUGUAAAUAUACCGUUAUCGUGGAUACGUAUUAGCUGUAAUUUUGUUGAAUUGGCACUGUUACCUGUAGUAAGUAUUUAAUUAAUCGAACGAUUUUAUUUUCAACAUACGAUAUAAGCAGUCAUACAAUAGGUAUCAAUUAUAUCAAUUAUCAAUUUACAAUAAUAUAUUAUACGCAAUGGAACACACGAGGGAAUUGCAGGGAUUUCUGAAUCUGACAGUACUCGAACACUUCUCGGACAUAGACCUUGUGCACGUGCACUAUAAACAACAAAUAAACUUAGACGGCCUUCCUCAUAUAAGAGCAUUGGGCAAACUCUUAUUUGCUCGCUCGGAAAUACUGAAAAACCGAACACAUCACCUGUACUACGUGUUACCGCAGUUUGGUAUGAUAUUGCCACUUGACGACAACAUCUCGUAUGAUGUGUUCUUUGACUGGUUAAUUUACAAAAGCGUGAAUAAUGUGUAUGCAGUCAUUGAGAACCUCACAACAACUGAUUUCAAAAAAGUAGUGACGUUGUACAUGAAUCAAACGCCUCCAUUAGAUAUCGGUAAAGUAAAUCGUAUUUUCAUUAAAUCGCUCGCCAAACCAUUUAGUCACCGACCUAUGGAACCGGAACUAACUUCACCGGAUGCACCGUCUUCUAGAAAACGAUCUGGUUCUUUCACAACGAAUUCACUUGUAUCAAACCUGAGUGACAAUUUACAUCAAAUCUGAGUAUAAUGUUGAUGAAAACAAUCAAAUCGACAAUAAAAUAUGUAACUGUAUAUGAUAUAUUACGUGCGUAUCUAUUAUUACAUAUACAAGCAGAUUAUACACGGUGUUACCCAUGAAAAAUGGGAUUUACACAGUUGAAUGUAAACUGGACAGAUUUUUAACACAGUUAUUUAGGGUUGUUUUGAUGAAAUACAAAAUACGGGUCUA